AGAAUCUAAUGCUGCUAAUCUGACAGGAGGCGAGCUCAGGCGGUGAUGCAAGUGAUGCCAGGCGGCUGUAAGCAUAGAUGAAACUUCGCUCGCUCACCUAAUGCUCACCUCCUGCUGUACAGCCCAGGUUCUAACAGGCCAUGGACUGGUACAGGUCCUUGGGCAGUGGUUGGGGACUGUAGGUUAGGCAGUUUUGUCAUGUUGACAUCACAGGAUGCACUGUGCUUACACAAUUUAGAUGGUAUAGCUCACUGCACACCUAGGAUAUGUGGUAUAGCUUAUUGCUCCUAGGCCACAAACUUGUACAACAUGUCACUGUAUUGAACACUGCAGGCAGUUGUAAUACAAUGGUAAAUAUUUGCAUAUCUAAACAUAAAAGUGUACAGUAAAAUUAUGGUAUAAAAAAAUAAAAAGUGGCAUACCUAUAAUGUGCACUUAUCAUGAAUGGAGCUUGCAGGACUGGAAGUUGCUCUUGAGUUUACCCUUGGAUGCUCCUGUUGAUAUGGAGAAGAUUGAGGAACAAUUCGCUGAUCUGCACAUAUAUAAAUGUUCCUCAGGAACUAAAGAGCCCACUUACCUUCUUGGCAUAGACACAUCAAAGACUGUUCAAAGAGAAAAAGAAAGCUUGGUGGCUGUUUUGUGUUCUAAUGGAUCAAUCAGAAUAUAUGAUAAAGAAAGGUUAAAUGUAGUACGAGAAUUUAGUGGAUUUCCUGGACAUCUUAAUGGAGUCAAAUUUGCAAAUUCCUGUGACAGUGUAUAUUCAGCAUGUACUGAUGGCACUGUAAAAUGUUGGGAUGUUAGAUUAGCCAGUGAAAACCCUAUCCAGCUGUUCAAGGGUUACCCUUCCAAUGUUUUUAUCAGUUUUGAUAUCAACUGUAAUGAUCAUGUCAUUUGUGCUGGUACAGAAAAAGUUGACGAUGAUGCAUUGUUGGUAUUUUGGGAUGCAAGGAUGAAUUCUCAGGAUUUGUCUACUACUAAAGACCCACUUGGUGCAUAUUCAGAGACACAUAGUGAUGAUAUCACUCAAGUACGUUUCCAUCCCAGCAAUCCCAACAUGGUGGUCUCUGGUUCAACUGAUGGCCUAGUAAAUGUAUUUGAUAUUAGUGCUGAUAACGAAGAAGAUGCACUGGUUACAACCUGUAACUCAGUUUCAUCAGUAAGCUGUAUUGGUUGGUCUGGGAAAGAUUAUAAACAGAUUUACUGCAUGACACAUGAUGAAGGAUUUUAUUGGUGGGAUCUUAAUCAUCUGGAUACUGAUGAACCAAUUACAUGUUUGAACAUCCAGGAUGUCAGAGAAAUAGUUAACAUGAAAGAAGAUAUUUUGGACUAUUUGAUUGGUGGCCUGUAUCAUGAAAAGUUGGAUAAACUGUUUGUUAUUGGAGGAACAAACAAGGGGAGGAUUCACUUAAUGAAUUGCACCACAUCAGGAUUGAUCCAUGUGACCAGCCUUCAGGGAGGACAUGCCACUACAGUCCGUUCUUUCAGUUGGAAUAUGCAGGAUGAUUCUUUGCUGACGGGGGGAGAAGAUGCACAGUUGUUACUUUGGAAACCUAGAGCUAUGGAGAAGACCUCUACAAAGAAAGAGAGCAUGAAAAUAGCAUCCUCUGUGCACCAGCGAGUACGAGUUCACAGUAAUGAUUCUUACAAGAGAAGGAAAAAGCAGUGAUAUCACAUUGGCGUUUACUUGGUCCUAUGCCAUUCUGCCUCCUAGAAUCUAUCAGCUGUCCUUUUGCCUUUACCUCACCAUUAUUGCCUUAGGUAAGAUUUUC